UCGUUUAGAUGACAAUUAGCUGGUCUGCCUACAUUGGACAAUGUUAGCUAACCCCAGGCAGUUAAAAUAGCUGUCUAGCUAACGACGUUAGCGAGCAAGUAGAGGUCUGUCAAAAGCUUUCAAGCAUAUAACGUUAUUUGUUAGCUAACGUUAGCCUGGCUACAGUAACUUAUCAGUAUGAAGUUAGCUAGCUAGAUAUUCUAAUGUAGCUAGCUGCUACACACGAGAAGUUAGCAAGACCUUGAACACAAAAAAAACCUAGCAGGAUCGCAAAAGUAGUUAGUACAGUAGCUAGCUGGCACGGUUGUCUAGUUAGCCAACGUUGUCGCUAGCCAACUAACGUUAACUAGGUUUCUAACUAGUUAACUAGCCAGAAAGCGUUGCCGUUGUCUUAGCAAGCUAGUCAUAUUUAAAGGCCUGUUGUGUAUUUAGGCCUCCCGUAUAGACCACAAUAUGAGCUAACGUUGGUUGGCAGGCAGGCUGGAGGGCUUGCACGAUAAUUGAUGGACACGGAUUGAAAUCUGAUAAUGAAACUAAAAUAGUACGUUAGCCAAAUAAUUGACUGACUAGUAAGGUAACUACCGAGUUAUCAAACAUUUUAGAACUAGUAAUUUGUUAGCUAGCCAUCACGAAAUAUUGUGCGCAGACGCUGGCUGACAUCUUCACCAGACACGUUUGUAUUGUGCGGUUCACUGUGCGCUUGCUGAUAACUAAUAUGGCAAUGAGCGGUUGAUGCAAUAAUGUUUUGUGGUAGUGCAUAGUUAGUUAGUUCGCAACUGCAUAGGUAGUUAGCUAACUAGUUAGCCACACUAUAUUUUCCAAUUUAGCUCUCCAAUGCUAGCCCGUGCUAGUUAAAUUAGGGACCAAUAGCACGCUACCGGUCUCACACGAGUUGCAUGUACUAGUACCAAAGUCAUAAUGGAAAAGCACCAUGCAAUCUGCAGAGCUACAAUUGUGAAUGAGUUAUUCCCUAUCUAGUUAGUUAAUACUUAAAAGCCGUAUACAUGUUAUCUGUUGGUCUACGUCAUGCUAAAGGCGGUCACAUUGGAGGAGAGCAGAGUUGCCCCAACUUGAUCUUGGGGCCUCCACUGGGUGCACGUUUUGUUUUUUGCCCAUGCUCUACCCAGUUGAUUCAAAUAGCCAACUCACGAAGCUUUGACUAUUUGAAUCAGCUGUGUAGUGUUAGGUGGAGGACAAAACAAAACGUGUACCCAUUGGGGUGGGUUGUGGAAACCCUGGAGUAGAGAAGUGGUGCCUACAUUAACAAACUUUAGCCUGUGAGUGAAAGGUGCAUUGAUCACCUGGUGAAGUUAAAAGGUGUGCUGAGAUUAAUAUCGAAUUGGCCAGAGUUCAAACCGGGGGGCGGGGUCAGAGUUUUCUAUUUCAAUUUGUUAACAUGUGACACAUCACAUAUGUGACCAGGCUAGGUCUUGCUUUAGUGCUUGUUGGUUAUAUUCUUGCCUCCAGUGCUGGGUUCUAAUUCUAAAUGUAGAUGCCAUGCCAAAACAGGUCAGAGUCUGAGCUAGACUGUGCCAGAUUUUGGGUUCACAGGUCAGGUGAUGAUCCCACCUGGAAACAGGUUGCCAAAGCAGAUCGACCGACAGACCGAGCUGGUACAUCACCCCCGGUCUCAGUUGGUAUCCACUGCAUUUUGACAGUGGUGUAAACUACUUGGGUAGGACUGUGCACUCGCUGCUUGGUCGACCACGGUAACUCACCACCAUGCCGUUCCCCUUUGGCAAGUCCCACAAGUCGCCAGCGGACAUCGUCAAGAACCUGAAGGACAACAUGACGGUGUUGGAGAAACACGACAUCUCUGACAAGAAAGCUGAGAAGGCCACAGAGGAGGUGUCUAAGAGCCUGGUUGCGAUGAAGGAGAUUCUGUAUGGCACUAAUGAGAAGGAGCCCCAGACAGAGGCGGUGGCCCAGCUGGCCCAGGAGCUCUACAACAGCGGCCUGCUCAGCACCCUCGUAGCUGACCUGCAGCUCAUCGACUUUGAGGGUAAGAAGGAUGUGGCUCAGAUCUUCAACAACAUUCUGAGACGUCAGAUCGGGACACGGACGCCCACGGUGGAGUACCUCUGCACUCAGCAGAACAUCCUCUUCAUGCUGCUCAAAGGGUACGAGUCUCCAGAGAUCGCUCUGAACUGUGGCAUCAUGCUGAGGGAGUGUAUCAGGCACGAGCCACUGGCCAAGAUCACCCUGGGGGCCGAGCAGUUCUACGACUUCUUCAGAUACGUGGAGAUGUCCACGUUCGACAUCGCUUCAGACGCAUUUGCAACUUUUAAAGACUUGCUAACGAGACACAAGAUUCUGAGUGCAGAGUUCCUGGAGCAGCAUUACGACAGGUUCUUCAGUGAAUAUGAGAAGUUACUCCACUCAGAGAACUACGUGACUAAAAGGCAGUCCCUCAAGUUGCUGGGAGAGCUUCUUCUUGAUCGACACAAUUUCACCAUCAUGACGAAAUACAUCAGCAAGCCAGAGAACCUCAAGCUAAUGAUGAACCUCCUUCGGGACAAAAGCCGCAACAUCCAGUUUGAGGCCUUCCACGUCUUCAAGGUGUUUGUGGCCAACCCCAACAAGACACAGCCCAUCUUGGACAUUCUUCUGAAGAACCAGACCAAACUCAUCGAGUUCCUCUCCAAGUUCCAGAACGACAGGACGGAGGACGAACAGUUCAACGAUGAAAAGACGUAUCUGGUCAAACAGAUCAAAGAUCUGAAAAGGCCGUCCCCCCAGGAGGCCUGAGGGAGGGGCUUAAGGGGUCCAGACAACAUCUGGAUAACAGACUUGUCAGCAGCUGCUGCUGUUCUAGUUUUUCCACUAUUUGAGGAAACGAAUCGGAAAAAAAUAACGCACCCACAUCAAGUCAUCAGGAAUUCUCCAGCUCAUUCUGCUGUUCAACACAACGGACAUUAGAUUAUUUUUUAUUUUUUUAUUUUUUUCUCCUUUAAAAAGAAGAGCUGAACAUAAUAGAUGCUGCACAUUAAGACAUGUGGAAGGGUAACAUCAACAACACAACAAAGGUCAUUUAAGCAAAUCGUAACAAUGAAAUCUACUACAUUUGAGCGCUAUGCAGACUUCUGACGCACACACAUAUGCUAUAAUAUCAGCAUAAACCUUGAGAUGGCAAGGUACUAGCAAAGUGAACAUUGGGGUGUUGGUUGCAUGCCUUGUUCAAAUGUGACAGAUACAUGGCUGUGCUUGGGGCUAAACGCUGGCUGAGAGAUUACAUUUCCAGUCUUGCCCUGUCUACUUAGUGCCACAGAUGGCAAAAAGCACAUACCAGCUACAACUCUUAUCUAUGCCUUCAUCGUGUGCAACAGUGAUUCAUUUUAAAAUGGGCUCUCAAAUGGCCUCACCGAACCAUGCAGCUAUUGGUGUUGUGAAACAGCACAAAGCAGAUGGUAUGGAUAAAAUGCUUGAUAUUAUUUUGGUA